CUCUCUCUCUCUCUCUCUCAGCCAACCCAAGUAAUAACCCAACUAUCUCUCUCUCUCUUUACCGAUCCCUCUCUCUCACUCCACCACCAUUCACCGCCGUCUUUUGGUAGGGAGAUCCUUGUAAUUUUUUAUGUGGUCCACUAAGUAAUCGGAUCUUAGUCUUUCCUUCUUUCUUUUUUUGUUGAAUGAUUGGAUCUAAGCCUUGUGCAUACAUAUUGAGUCGAAGUUGUAAUAGAUCUACUCAUUUACCUCACGUCCUCAUCAGAUUGAAAAUAUUUCUUCUUCUUUUUUUUUUCAUUUUUGAAAGAGAGUAAGACUAAAUGAGAGAGAAUGAAGUGUUUUGGCUCAAUUAAGCUAAGGUGAUCGAGGUGUCUCCAACAGGAGCGGCAACAGUGGCUUCGAACAGUGGUGGUGUGAGAGACGAGACCGGUGAAGAAAUUAAUGGACAGGUUUUGUUUUACUUGGGUUUAAGUUAAGUGCUAUAUGUGGUUAAGGGAAUUGGGGACUUUGGCUGGUCAUGUGACAAGCACAUGACCCAGGACACAUGUUGGCUUCAUAAGUUGACACCUAAUACUGUUUGUAGCAAGUUGCAACUCCUAUGAACAUGUUUGCAGCAAAUCUUUGUCCUCUUUAUAAAAUAGUGAACAAAUGUUAUUUCUUGAAAGUAUUUUUCAGCACAAUUAUCAUUAAUAAGCCCCCAAUUAACUCCUUAGAAUUAAUAAACCCCAAAUAAUGAUCUAAUAAAUCUAAUUAAAAAGAUAAUUACACCAAUUAUUCAUGGAUAAUUAUUGUUUGACCAUCUAAUUAAUUAAAUAUGUGCAAUCUUAUUAUUAAUUUUAGUCCAAAUUAAUUGGAUCAUGAUACUUCAUUGAUUUCAAGUUAAAUUGUCAUUAGACCAAUUAGGAUCAAUUGUUCAUAAUCACAUAUAUUUUGACUCAACUAUGUUGAUGCAUCAUAGUCAUUAUUGAAGGUAAAAGGUAGUCAAUUCAAGAUGACUAAUGUCAUGAACUUGAGAGAGGAAAUAAAUGUUUUUGAUUAAUUUUCUGCUUGCUUCUUAUUAAGCUUGUUUCUCAUUAAACAUAAAAAUCAAUUGAAUACAAGCAAAUAACAAUACUAGUAUACUACUAAUUCAAAUAACAAUUUAUCCAACACAUCAUCUACGGUCAUAACACCAUCUAAGAUAUUUUAACAAGCUUGUUCCAUCCUAAUCCUUUCUGUAUAAAUAAAAGGGCAAGGCAAGCCACUACUUUUAGGUUUUAACACAAACAUAGACACAAAGAGUAAAGGCCAUGGAUUUGCCAUUGCUUCUUCUCAAGGUUUCGUUCACAAUUGCGUUGGUGGGCUUUGUUAGCAAGUUAAUACAGAUAUGUGAUACUCUAAUAUUGAAGCCAGAAAGGCUUCGAUCAAAACUGCGAAGGCAAGGGAUCAGAGGCCCUCCACCCUCGUUUUUGCUCGGAAACAUUAAUGACAUGAAAAAGAUGAGGGCCAAUUCCUCAAAGACUCCACCAGGAGAGCAAGCAAUAACCCACAAUUGCUCUUCUGCGCUAUUUCCAUUAUUUGAGCUAUGGAGCAAAGAAUAUGGUUCUACGUUCAUGUUCUCACUUGGCAAUAUACAAAUAUUGCACAUGAACCAUCCUGAUGUGGUAAAGGAAAUAAGCAUAUGCACUUCCUUAGACUUGGGAAAGCCUUCCUAUCAACACAAAGAGCGAGGUCCUCUACUUGGCCAUGGGAUUCUGACUUCAAAUGGAGCAACAUGGGCUCACCAAAGGAAAAUCCUUGCUCCAGAACUAUACAUGGAAAAGGUCAAGGAUAUGAUGAACUUAAUGGUGGAGUCCUCAAUUACACUAGUGAACUCAUGGACUAAUCUGAUUGAGAGUGAGGGUGGAGUUGCAGAUGUUCACGUUGAUGAAUACAUGAGAAGCUUUUCUGGAGAUGUGAUCUCAAGAGCUUGUUUUGGCAGCAAUUACUCCAAAGGGGAAGAGAUAUUUUUAAAGCUUAGAGAACUUCAAGAGCAAAUGUCAAAAAAAGUUUUAUUAAGUGGCAUUCCUGUACUAAGAUAUCUUCCGACUAAGAGCAAUAGGGAAACAUGGAGGCUACAAAAAGAGGUCCGCGCUUUGAUUAUGAAGGUAGUGAAGGAAAGAAAGGAGGGAGCAUCACAGAAUGAUUUGCUGCAAAUGAUAAUUGAAGGUGCAACCAAUAGUGAUUUUGGUCAAGAUGAGACUGACAGAUUCAUUGUUGACAAUUGCAAGAACAUAUACUUAGCAGGGUAUGAGACAACUGCAGUAUCUGCAACAUGGACCUUGAUGUUGUUGGCCUCAAAUCCAGAGUGGCAACAACGAGUUCGUUCUGAGGUUCUCGAAAUUUGUGCUGAUCAAAUGCCUAAUGCUGACAUGGUUCGCAAGAUGAAGACGUUGACCAUGAUAAUUCACGAAUCAUUGCGCCUUUAUCCUCCAGUGCCAAUAGUGUCCAGGGAGGCAUUUCGAGACAUGAAAUUUGGAGACAUAAACGUACCUAAAGGUGUAAAUGUGUGGACCUUGAUGGUAUCCUUACACCAAGACCCUGAUCUUUGGGGACCUGAUGCCAACAUCUUCAAACCCGAAAGGUUUGCCAAUGGAGUCAAUGGUGCAUGCAAGCUCCCUUACGUGUACAUGCCAUUUGGGGUCGGUCCUCGUACCUGUUUAGGGCAAAACUUUGCCAUGGCAGAGCUCAAAAUUCUUCUUGCUUUGAUUGUGUCCAACUUCUCCUUUUCCUUGUCACCCAAAUACAGGCACUCCCCGGCAUUGAAGUUGAUUAUAGAGCCUGAAGAUGGUGUCAAUCUCCUUAUUAAGAAGCUGUGAACUAUGAGCCAAUUACUAUUAUAUAGUACUACUACUAUAGUUGGUAUUGCAGAAAGUUUUGUUAAUUGGUGCUUAAACUUGGAUUAUUACAAGAUCAAUGAACAUAUAGAAGCACUAGGCCCUACAUGGUAUCUUGUGA